AAUUCGCCUCAUGGUUCAAUUAGAAAAAGUAUCACCACCCACCCAACCUAAUACAUCCACUACAUCAUUCAACCACCUUACGAAGACUCCGCCCACGACUUUCGAAAGCCGGUGACGCCCAUAAGCUCGACAUUUUGACCAACCCGAUUAGUCAGGAUCAUUUUAUUUCUAUGGGUAAAGGCAAGGGAAAGGCCCGCCGCGGUGGGCAAAACCGCGACCAGGACGACACACCGACUCCGCCCGAUUCCGGACGGCCAGCUUAUAUGACUGUCGGCAACGGAUCAACAUCUGAACACGCUACAAGACUGCAGUCGCUUAUAGACGACGAUUCAGGCUACGGUGGUAGUCUCGUAGACGGCGAAUCCAGCUCCUCGAACCGACCUCUUGGCUCCCAGCGAACCGAUCCCACUUUAUCGCGAGACAUGCCUUUUCAUCGUCAAUCUUCCGGCAGUCCGGAGACUGAUCACCGAAACCAAGCUGCAGCCGUUCACCAGCUAUGGUACAACAAGCACCAGGCAGCUUUAACCCGCUCAAUCAGCCGAGUUGUUGACCUCCUUAAAAGCCUUCAGGAAAUCAAUAUUGCUUGGCCCGCCCAUUAUCCUUCGGUCCAACGAACCGAGUCCUCUUCCGACCGACCCGCAUCGCGUCCUGGAAUGCAACAUGCCUUCUCCGCAGCCGGAGAACUCGCUGGUGAUUCAUCAUCUCCGUAUCACCCUAAACCACUGAAGCGAUCCAUGACGACUGUUGAUGAUGCUGCAGCCGCCGAAUCCAGCCGAGAUGCUGAGAACAAGAGCGUGGUCGAUAGCCCCAGACUAUUCACCCCGCAGAUCGCUCAACAAUUCUCGGUCUUGAAGCUGGAUCUCAAGCUAGGCUCUUUACAUCAGACCGAGCUAGUUCAUUCACUCGAAAAAGGUUCGAUCGCCGCGUUGCUCGACGGGAAAAUUAGCUCCAGCAUCAAACAUCUAUUUCUGCUUCGCGAAAGAAUCGAGGAUACAUCUAGCAAGGUUUUGGUGACCGGAGAUCUUAAUGCCGGAAAGUCUACGUUCUGUAACGCGCUGCUACGUCGCAAGGUUCUUCCGGAAGAUCAGCAACCCUGUACCAGUAUCUUUUGCGAGGUCCUGGAUGCGAAAGAAAAUGCAGGUAUCGAGGAGGUCCACGCGGUUCACAUGGAUGCGAUCUACAACCGACACGACGAAUCAACCUAUGACGUCUUCCCCCUCCAGGAGCUAGAGAAGAUUGUCCUCGACAACGAAACAUAUAUGCAGUGCAAGGUUUACGUUAAGGACGUACGAACUAUCGACGAGUCGUUGCUUAAUAACGGCGUAGUUGAUAUCGCAUUGAUCGAUGCCCCAGGACUCAACUCUGACACGACAAAGACAACAGCCGUUUUUGCGAGACAGGAAGAAAUUGAUGUUGUUGUCUUCGUAGUUUCCGCCGCAAACCAUUUCACACAGUCUGCGAAGGAGUUCAUUUGGGCUGCUGCAGCGGAGAAGGCAUACAUCUUCAUGGUUGUCAACGGCUAUGACCUCAUUAGAGACAAGCAACGGUGCCAGAAGUUAAUUUUAGACCAGGUAUACGGUCUGAGCCCUCGCACUUUCAAGGAAUCUAGCGAACUUGUGCACUUCGUAUCUAGCAAUGCCAUCCCAACAGCUCCAUCGCCCCCCGGUGGUCCGGAUGGAGGGGGUAGCGGUAGCUCAAGUGGGAAUGGAGACGACCCCAGCGACGACCCUAAAGGAAAAGGCAAGGAAAAGGAGAAGGUUGAGGACUUCAAGAAGCUAGAGCAAUCCUUACGGCGAUUUGUCUUGGAAAAGCGAGCACGUUCUAAGCUUGCCCCCGCCAGAACCUACCUCCUCAACAUUCUGAACGACCUCCACGUGCUUGCCACCGUCAAUAAUGAGGUAGCCCAGUCCGAGUUCGACCGAGUCGUCGGAGAGCUAGAGGAGAUCGAGCCUCAACUUGAAUCUUCUCGCAAAGCGAUCGCCGCUGUCGGCGAUGAUGUAGAUCAAACUAUCGAAGCAACGUGCAAGGACAUCUACGAUCACACCCGAACGGUUCUCAACUCCGCAAUUACCAGUGCCGGUGAAACCAAUCUCGGCGUGCCUUACCAUGGUCUGUUCUACGCUUUCGAUUAUGCCGAAGAGAUAAAAGAAGCAAUGCUAUCCAGAAUUGCAGAGUCUGUCACGUCCUGUGAGGAUUAUGCCCGAACGAGGGCUGUCGACGGCGUAAAUGUCAUCAAGCAGCUUGGUAUUUUGCAUCUUGGCAACGAAUAUCACGACCUCAACUUCCGCUCCGAUGUCAUGUUUCGAAGGAGGCGUGAUGUGCUAGCGAAGCAGGUCGACGUACCUACCGAGCUGUUGGAUUUCGUUGAUUGGUCUUCGCUUAUGCAACGCCAAGAAAAAAUGGCUGGCACGGGUAUGGCCCUAACAGUUGCUACUGCCAUUGGUGGACGACUAGUUGGCGGCAUGGGGUGGAUGGAUCACACAUUGAACGCCAUGAAGAUCAUCGGCAGCGACAACCUCCGAAAAUUGGUCAUUCCGGGUCUCGUUCUAGCAGCCGUCUCAGCCGCAGCUUAUGUCAUCCAGCAAAUACCACAUUCGCUGCCUCACCGUCUUAACAACAAGAUCUCAGCACAGUUGGCGGAACUCGAUUAUGUCCAUGCAAACAGCACUCGUAUCUCAGGUUCUGUGCGCAAGGUUCUCCGCUUCCCCGCGGAUAACCUUCGAGUAGACUUGACUCGUUCCGUUGAACAGCUCGGCAAACGUCGAGAAGAGACUCUGAAGGUCCGUGGUGAAAGCGAAGUGGCACUCAAGUAUUUCGGCAACCUCGUACGAGAGAGUGCCCAUCAACGAACCUUCGUCGAGGAUAUAGACCUCGAGGCACAUCCUCACCCUCAAGGAGCUCCCGGUAUGAACAUUGCAUGAGACAAGACUUAUUUAUCUAUGUGGCAUAGGAAUGGCGUUCAGGGGAACACAGUCGAAUUACGAGCAUGCCAUUUCGUUUGUUCCGGAGAUUGUCACGUUUCACUCCUUGACGGCUGCGACGGGUGAUGGACGAUUAUGAAAAGGGGCAACAAAAAAUGGGAAGAGCGAGGUAGAAUGGCUAACGGUUCUCAGGCGUCCAGAACUAAUUGGAGGCAGAACGAGAAUAAACGCUCUACUCUUCCAUGCGUGGUUUGUGGUCUGUGGUUUGUUUUACUCCCUCCUCGAUUCACUUGUACGUACACUCUAGCUUUACUAAAAUUAUGGCCCAAAAAUAGGACUUUUCAAAUUCAGACGUGCGUAGAGAAGACGUAUCUCGAGACAUGA